CGGUCUUUGUCCCCUAGCGUUUGCCGCGUUCUUUUGCUAGAAUCGUUUGCUAUGCUCAAAUUCGCAGGGAACCGCCCUCCAUCUCCUUCAAUCGCAGAAAAAGACUUCCUCCAAGAUGCGCUACGCAAGAAGCUUCGUCUCGAUGGGCGCAAGCCAAUGGACCUCCGCCCCAUCUCGUUCUCGUUCGGACCUGAGCUCGGAUGGGUCGACUGUAGCUUGGGCAAGACGCGAGUGCUAGCUCAGGUUGAUGCAAAGAUGGUCAAGCCACUUCCGGAGCGACCGUACGAGGGCCUCAUCACUAUCCACUCGGAAAUUUCGCCGAUGGCGGGGCCAGAGUAUGACACCGCCCGGCCAUCAGAAGAAGAAAUCGGCAUCUCGCGUAUGUUGGACAAGAUCGUGAAGCGGAGCGACGCGCUGGACAAGGAGUCGUUGUGUGUGCUUGCAGGGCAACGCGUCUGGCACCUUCGGCUGACUGUGCACUUCAUCUCUGACGCAGGCAACAUGCUGGACUGCGCCGUCCUCGCGAGUAUGGUUGCUUUGCGUCACUUCCGAAGACCCGAGGUCGAGGUUAUUGGGGAUGAAGUGAUCAUCCACUCGCCAUCGGAACGCGCACCCGUCCCCCUCGCACUGCACCACAUCCCCCUCUGCCUCACAUUCGCCUUCUUCCCCCCUCCAUCCAACCCCACAUCCAAAAACAACGAAGUGCAGGAGGAGACUCCACCUCCAAUCGUUCUCGCCGACCCGAACACACUCGAGGAGCGCCUCGCGGACGGUACGCUGAGCGUCGCGCUCAACGUGCAGCGGGAGCUUUGCGUGCUGCACAAGGCCGGUGGACUACCACUUGAACCGGCGGAGGUAAUGAAGGUGGUGCAGCGUGCGACGUUCCUUGUGAAGGAGCUGGAUGAGCUUGUCGAGGCACGACUGAGGGAGGACUGGGAAGGGAGACAUGUUGAGGUGAGGUAGAGUCGGCUGAUUCCUCUUGUGGACAAGUCAGCCAUGCACCAUCUGUUCACCCCUAAAACGUCAAGGUGUUGAUAUUGACAAUUCGACCAUCUCUUUGUGCACCAUCUUCCUCAACGGCGCUAAUUGCAGGACCCUUGACUCUCGCAUCCACCAUGCCAUCAGGACAAAAGAUCACGAUCCACGCGUGGUGACUUUCUACUUGAUAUUCCCUGUACGCAUGACCAUCCUGAUAGCGCCAGCGUUCAAG